CCCCGUUUGCCUGAAUCAUUUCAUCCAUCGUACCCAGAAUGCAAAGUGAGCCACCGAAACCUCAGCAGCUUCAAGCUUUCCAGGUUAUCAUGGCGAUAAGAGACACAUCUUCCCCUUGAGUCCCUGCAGCAGCAACAAAGGAUAUCUCCCUCCUCUACAUGAAAACACACACCGACUUCCAUGCAGAGCGGAGACCUGCCGGAGUUUUAGCCCAGAUUGGAGAAAGGACAUAGCGUGUAACCGUCAUGGCAGCGUCGGAGCUGUACACAAAGCGUGCUCGGGUGUGGAUCCCCGAUGCAGAGGAGGUGUGGAAGUCUGCUGAGCUGACAAAGGACUUCAAAAAUGGCGACGCCUCCCUGCAGCUCAUGCUGGAGGAUGGAACGAGCAUUGAGCACAAGCUGGACCCCAAGACGAAGAACCUGCCUUACCUGCGAAACCCCGACAUCUUGGUGGGCGAGAAUGACCUCACAGCACUCAGCUACCUCCACGAGCCAGCCGUGCUGCACAACCUCAAAGUCCGCUUCAUCGACUCCAAGCUCAUCUACACUUACUGCGGAAUCGUUCUGGUGGCCAUCAACCCGUAUGAGACGCUGGGAAUCUACGGGACAGACAUCAUCAAUGCCUACAGCGGCCAGAACAUGGGAGACAUGGACCCCCAUAUCUUCGCUGUGGCAGAGGAGGCUUACAAACAGAUGGCGAGGGAUGAGAGGAACCAGUCGAUCAUUGUGAGUGGGGAGUCCGGAGCCGGAAAGACGGUAUCAGCCAAAUACGCCAUGAGAUACUUUGCUACGGUCAGCGGCUCCACCAGCGAGGCCAAUGUAGAGCAGAAAGUCUUGGCUUCCAACCCCAUCAUGGAGGCAAUUGGAAAUGCAAAGACCACCCGAAACGACAACAGCAGUCGCUUUGGGAAAUACAUCGAGAUCGGCUUCGACACCCGCUACCGUAUCAUUGGUGCCAACAUGAGAACAUAUCUGCUGGAGAAAUCACGAGUGGUGUUUCAGGCGGACGAGGAAAGGAAUUAUCAUAUUUUCUAUCAGCUCUGUGCAUCAUCCCAUCUGCCUGAGUUCAAGACUCUGAAGCUGAGCAGUGCAAACGACUUUUUGUACACCAGGCAGGGCCGCAGCCCUGUCAUCCACGGUGUGGACGACACCAAGGAGCUGUCCACAACUCGCAAUGCUUUUACAUUGCUCGGUAUUAAUGAGUCCUAUCAGAUGGGAUUGUUCCAGGUUUUGGCUGCUAUUCUUCAUCUGGGAAACGUGGAGAUAAAGGACAAAGACUCAGACAGCAGCCUCAUUCCUCCCAACAAUCGCCACCUGACGGCGUUCUGCGAGUUGGUAGGCGUGACCUACCAGGACAUGUCUCAGUGGCUGUGCCACAGGAAGCUGAAGACGGCCACAGAGACCUAUAUCAAGACCCUCCCCCGCCUGCAGGCCACCAACGCCCGUGACGCGCUUGCCAAACAUAUCUACGCCAAGCUCUUCAACUGGAUUGUGGAGCAUGUUAACAAAGCCCUAAUCACCAAUAUCAAACAGCACUCCUUCAUCGGGGUCCUGGACAUCUACGGGUUUGAGACGUUUGAGAUCAACAGCUUUGAGCAGUUCUGUAUCAACUACGCUAAUGAGAAACUCCAGCAGCAGUUCAACAUGCAUGUGUUCAAGCUGGAGCAGGAGGAGUACAUGAAGGAGCAGAUCCCCUGGACUCUGAUUGACUUCUACGACAAUCAGCCCUGCAUCAACCUCAUAGAAGCCAAGAUGGGCAUCCUGGACCUGUUAGACGAGGAGUGCAAGAUGCCCAAAGGUUCAGAUGAUUCGUGGGCUCAGAAACUCUACAACACCCACCUAAAGACCUGCUCCCUCUUCGAAAAGCCACGCAUGUCCAACCGCGCCUUCAUCAUUCAACAUUUCGCUGACAAGCAGGUGGAAUACCAGUGUGAAGGUUUCCUGGAGAAGAACAAGGACACAGUGAACGAAGACCAGAUAAAUGUGCUGAAGGCCAGCAAGAAGUUUGACCUGCUGGUGGAGCUGUUCCAGGACGAGGAGAAAGCCACCAGUCCCACUGGUCAGGUCCCUGGCACCGGAGGCCGGACCCGCCUCAGCAUCAAACCUGACAAGGGCCGUGACAAGAGCAGCAAGGAGCACAAGAAGACUGUCGGCUGCCAGUUUCGUAACUCUCUGCAAAUGCUGAUGGAUACUUUGAACGCAACCACUCCCCACUAUGUCCGCUGCAUCAAACCCAAUGACUUCAAGUUGGCCUUCUCGUUUGAUCCUAAACGUGCAGUGCAGCAGCUCAGAGCCUGUGGUGUCCUGGAAACCAUCCGCAUCUCCGCUGCAGGUUUCCCAUCCAGAUGGACAUAUCAGGAGUUCUUCAGCCGUUACAGAGUGCUGAUGAAGCAGAAGGAUGUGUUAUCUGACAAGAAGUUGACAUGCAGAAACGUUUUGGAGAAACUGGUGCAGGACCAGGAUAAAUACCAGUUUGGUAAGACCAAGAUCUUCUUCAGGGCCGGCCAGGUCGCCUACCUGGAGAAGUUGAGGGCGGACAAGUUGCGUGUUGCCUGCAUUCGCAUCCAGAAAACCAUCCGUUGUUGGCUGGCUCGCAAAAAGUAUCUGCGCAAGCGCAGCGCUGCCAUCACCAUCCAGAGGUUCACCAGAGGCUACCAGGCUCGCUGCCUUGCCAAGUUCAUGCGUCGCACGCAGGCGGCCACCAUCAUCCAGAAAUACCAGAGGAUGUGCAUGGAGAGGAAACGCUACAGGCAGAAGCAGGCUGCUGCUCUGGUCAUGCAGACGAUCCUCCGAGCUUAUAUGGCCCGGCAGAAGUACCAGGGGUUACUGCGGGAGCACAAUGCAGUGAUCAUUCAGAAGCGCGUUCGCGGCUGGUUGGCGCGGUGCUGGUACAAGCGCUGCCUCGUCUCCCUCGUCUACCUGCAGUGCUGCUUCCGCAGGAUGAAGGCCAGACGCGAGUUGAAGAAACUGAAGAUCGAGGCUCGUUCAGUGGAGCACUUCAAGAAGCUCAACAAAGGCAUGGAGAACAAGAUCAUGCAGCUGCAGAGGAGAAUCGACGAGCAGACCAAGGACAACCGGUCAAUCAACGAGAAGCUAGUCAGUCUGGAGACUUCUUCCACAGCAGAGAGGGAGCGGAUGCGAGGCGAGCUGAGCCGGCUGCGCGGGGUGGAGGAGGACGCCAAGAACAAAGGCAACCAGGUGACCUUGCUGCUGGAGCAGCUGGAGAAGCUGAAGAAGGAGCUGAGUUCCACACAGAAGGAGAAGAAGACCAUCGAGGACUGGGCGCAAACCUACAGGGACGAAAUGGAGAAAAUGGUCUCGGAGCUGAAGGAUCAGAAUUGCUCACUAAAGAAAGAGAAGGACGACUUGAACAGGUUGAUUCAGGAACAGAGUCAGCAGAUGACAGAGAAAAUGGCCCGUGCUAUAGUAGAGAAGACUCAGCAGCUGGAGACGGAUCUGAACGAGGAGCGAUCUCGCUACCAGAAUCUCCUGACCGAACACCUCCGCCUCGAGGAGAAAUACGACGACCUGAAGGAGGCGAUGGUUUCCUCGAACGUGUCCAAGCCUGGCCACAGGAGAACAGAUUCCACCCACAGCAGCAACGAAUCCGAGUAUACCUACAACUCAGAGUACGCCGAAUUGGAAGAAGGUUCCCGUGCUGCCGAAGAUGUGACACGAGGAAUAGACACCUCGCUGACCCUGAAGCUGCAGAAACGUCUCACCGAACUGGAGCAAGAAAAGCAGUCGCUGCGCAACGAACUGGAAAACCGAGAGGACCAGUUCCAGCGGGCUAGAGCCAGGGAUGACGUAGAGUUUAAAAAGGCUCGCGGGGCAGAGCUGGAGUAUGAGUCCCUUAAGCGUCAGGAGCUGGAGUCAGAGAACAAGAAACUGAAACAUGACCUGGCGGAGAUUAGGCGAAGCCUGCUGGGUAAUGCAGCUACAGGCGCCGGGGCUCCGGGCUCCCCAGCUUACAAAGUGGUCUUGGAGCAGCUCAACGCCUCCUGUGAGGAGCUGGAGGUCCGUAAAGAGGAGGUGCUGAUCCUGCGCUCCCAGCUGGUCAGCCAGAAGGAAGCCAUGCACCACAAGGAUGAGAAGGAGACUAUGACCGAGCCUUCUGCCUAUGUUGAGGAUGUGUCCAAACUGAAGGACGCUGGUGAACUCAAGCAAGCUUACAUAGGCCUCAAAGACACCAACAGAUCUCCUAGGUUCAUGCAUAAGCCAUUGGAAGUCAGUGAUCUCCUGAGUAGGCUGAGAUCUGCCGCUCCAGACUUCCAUAAGCUGAAUGAGGACGGAGAGCUGUGGCUGGUUAAUCAGGGCUUAAAGGAAACCAUCAGGUUACUGGAGCACCAGCUGCAGACUCAGCGGAGAAGUUACGAUAGUGAGGUAGAGUCGUUGCGCGGCGAGCUGCAGAAUGUCAAGGAGGAGAACAACCGUCAGCAGCAGCUCUUGGCCCAAAACCUGCAGCUGCCCCCAGAGGCCCGAAUCGAAGCCAGUUUGCAACACGAGAUCACCCGGCUCACCAACGAGAACUUGGAACUCCUGGCUGAAGAUCCCACAGCAUCCAGAGAGGCGCGAGUCAUCAUUUUACGACGGAUGGUUGAUCUAAUGGAGCAGCUGGAGAAGCAGGACCGAACCAUCCGCAAGCUCAAGAAGCAGCUGAAGGUUUACUCAAAGAGGAUCGGCGAGAUGGGCGCGGGUCAAACCGAGGGACAGACGUCUCCAGGACAGAUGGUGGACGAGCCGAUUCACCCUGUCAACAUUCCCCGGAGGGAGAAAGAUUUCCAAGGGAUGCUGGAGUACAAGAAGGAGGAUGAGCUCAAACUGGUCAAGAACCUCAUCCUUGAGCUGAAGCCUCGGGGUGUAGCCGUGAAUCUGAUCCCAGGUCUGCCAGCCUACAUCCUGUUCAUGUGUCUGAGACAUGCAGACUAUGUCAACGAUGACCAGAAGGUCCGCACCCUGCUCACCUCAACCAUCAACAGUAUUAAGAAGAUCCUCAAGAAACGAGGCGACGACUUUGAGACGGUCUCCUUCUGGCUGUCUAACACCUGCCGCUUCUUGCACUGUCUGAAACAAUACAGCGGUGACGAGGCCUUCAUGAAGCACAACACGCAGAGGCAGAAUGAACACACUCUGUCCAACUUCGACCUGGCAGAGUACAGACAGGUGAUCAGUGACCUGGCCAUCCAGAUCUACCAGCAGCUGAUCAAAUGCAUGGAGAACAUCCUCCAGCCCAUGAUAGUCUCUGGCAUGCUGGAACACGAGACCAUUCAGGGCGUUUCGGGGGUGAAGCCCACAGGUCUGCGUAAGAGGACAUCUAGUAUCGCCGACGAGGGCACCUACACCCUGGACUCCAUCCUGCGCCAGCUCAGCGCCUUCCACUCCACCAUGUGCCAGCACGGCACCGACCCCGAGCUCAUCAAGCAGGUUGUGAAGCAGCAGUUCUACAUCAUCGGAGCCGUCACUCUCAACAACCUGCUGCUACGCAAGGACAUGUGCUCCUGGAGCAAAGGCAUGCAGAUCAGGUACAAUGUGAGCCAGCUGGAGGAGUGGCUCAGAGACAAAGGUCUGAUGGUAUGCGGCGCCAAGGAGACUCUGGAGCCUCUGAUCCAGGCCGCUCAGCUGCUACAGGUGAAGAAAAAGACUGACGAGGACGCCGAGGCCAUCUGCUCCAUGUGCCUGGCUCUCACCACUGCUCAGAUCGUGAAGGUCCUGAACCUCUACACUCCAGUCAACGAGUUUGAGGAGAGAGUAUCUGUUGCAUUCAUACGAACCAUACAGACCCGCUUGCGAGACCGUUGUGAGAGUCCCCAGUUGUUGAUGGACACCAAGAUGAUUUACCCGGUCACUUUCCCAUUCAACCCUUCCUCCCUCGCCCUGGAAACCAUCCAGAUCCCCAGCUCGCUCAACCUGUCGUUCCUCACCCGUGUCUAAACCAAGGCCCCACAGGACGGCUCUGAGCCCUGCUGCCAUUUUGAUGUAGUGGCCACAGUUGGAAUUGCAAGUCACAUGACACUUAUUGGCUCAAAAGACUUUCUACGCCACAAUCGUCACGUCAAUAAAAAAUAUAUAUAUAUCGCAGGUUCAAACCCAUUGCUUCUACUAUGACUACUCCACCAAUGUUACGCUGUGAAAACAGUUAGGCUCUAGUUAGGCAGAUUUUUAUGGUCCAAGAGGCUUUCUGGUAAAGCACAUAGAGCUGGAUAUUCUUGCUAAAUUUCAAGUCAUUCGGACUUACGAUGUGAGGGACAUGGCCUUUCCAUAUUGCUGUUAAUAACAGCGCCCCCAUGCGGCUGAUUUGGCUCAUAUUUCUUGGUAAGCACAUCACUUCCAGUUAUUGGACCAAGUUUCAUGUUUCUUGCUUGUUCCAGCUCACGGAAAUUUGGGUCACUUUGGCAGCAACAAAUAAUAAAUCAUUAUUCCUCUUCAGCGUUUUAAUCCUUAAAAUUCAGAGCGUCACAAACACAAAUUAGGAUUUGUAUGAACACAAUUUGAGCAACAAUGUCCAAACAAUUAACUGAGAAGUCAAGAUUGAAGACCCAAAGAGAUUCUAAUUCAAAACUAUCCCUGGUUUGAACCUGUAAAUUGACACAUACAAUUUAACACACAAAUCCAAAUCCAACCACAUGCUGAACUUUCAGCCUGCAUCUGUACAAUACUCUCAUCCUCUGAACAUACACAUGCACGCCUACACUCACGUGCACCUUCUCUCUUACAAAACGCACCGAUACACAUGAAACCCGCGGUCGCUGCCGCUGGUUUAAACCUGGCUGUAAAACGGCAUCAUCCAUCCGCUGCUUGUAAAAACGCCCGCCUCUUAGAGAAGCCACAGGACCAGUUCAAUGCCUCCAGUACUCGUUCUCCAUCAACACCUGGGCCUGUCUUACUGGUCUUGACCCUGUUUACCCCAGCUCCCUUCUCUGUGUUUUAACUAGCUGUUAAGAUAGUUAUUGUUGUCAUCGUCUCGUUCUCCGGUGAGAAUGUACGUACCAAUACACAGGAGCGGGCCCGAAAGGAGGUGUUGAGUCCUCGCAAAGAGAAAUAACUUGAUAAGCUGUAGUGUAGCUUGGUAUGUGAGGUCUCUAUUUAAUAGGCAAAGUGAAUUCUGAGUCCCAGUCAGAUGCCAGCUGAGUGAUACCGUGCUAAAAUUAGCUCUCUCCACCCCAUGUUGAGGUAACCUGGACCAGGCUUCACUCUGUAUGUUGACAUUUUACUCUCUGAACACAGUCAGGCCAAGACAGAACUCAUCGUCUGUACUAUAUUAUUUAUACAUAUAUAAAUAUGAAUAAUAUAUCUUGUAUUUUAUUUAUUGCAUUUACCUCCGUCCCCACCCUCCCUUUUUUAGAUUAGAAGCUUUCUCUUUGCAGAAAACAUGUCCAAUAUAUAUGAAGAAUGGGACCAUUUUUAACAGCUUUGGAAGGACAAUUUUAGUUUUAGUUCCAUUGCAGGCUAUUUAUGUCAACAUCAGGUAAAUGAUGUAGUAUAGUUUUAGGAGUGCCCGCACAGACAAUUAUUUGUUAGGUCACGUCUUCAUUUAGAUGUGUCGCAAUAUCAUGUUUUAUCCUGCAUGUCUGUCAGGUUAAGUGUAGCACAGGUUUUAAGUGAGGAGAGAUUUCAAAGGUACAAGGUUUAAGCUCUGACAAGGGUUUAAGCUGCUACAGUCUAUACUGUUUACAGCUGUGACCAGAGCUGAGAAUCAUAGGAAACACUUGGACAAAGAUAUUUAUACACACACACACACACAUACACACUCUACACUUUGCUUACUGCUGUAUCACUGGGAGUUUUGCGCUCCUAAAAGCUUUCCUCUCUCGACUUGUCUUCUCUGGUCACAGCUCUAGUCAGAGCAUUGAAACGGUUUUAUUAUUAUCAAUGUGGAACUAUUUAUUUCAGUAUUGUCAUUUUCUUAAGUAUCAAAGUUAUGUAUAUCGUGAAGCCAUGUAUCACUGAGCAGAAUGGACGGAAAAAGGUUUCUCUUAAGUUGGUUUUGGAGAGUUUGUAUUAAAAUGUGUUUAGCUUUCCAACAAUGUUUUCUGCUUUAUUCCCACACGUACACUAACUGCAGCUUUGUGGACCGAUUCCACCCUAUGCCUUCCUGUUUAGUGGCCAAGAAAGCACAACAUGGGCCUUUUUAAUACAGAAAAACAACCAAUUAUGUUUGCGCUUUUUCUACAUCAGGGUUAAGUUUAGGGUUACUGACAAAUCUGUACCUUUUUUGUUUAACUGCUUUGUUUAGUCUUAAACCAUUAAUCUAAGCAAGUAUAGAUCAAAAUGUUUUUGCAAUACAGAGAGCUGGGGAUAUAUCAGUGAACUUGCUCUGGUGAAGAUAGAGAGAAAUAAAAAAUAUUUUAUCAAUUGAAGUAUCUCACUAAAUGCCAUAUUAAGCAGAUCACUCUCCAUCUGACAGGAACUAGCUACAGACCAACACAAAUUGGAAGUGGAGUAAAGAGAAGUUAGUAUGUGUAAUUGUUUUGUGUUACACCUGUAUUUGAGAAUAAUUGGAUAUCCAUAUGCUCUCAUCGGGACCACAUGUUAUCAAUCUGCCUUUUGUUAUAGUUUGGAAUAGUAGGUAGUUUAAACUAUGGUUUGUGUAAAGAGUACAUAUCUGUGGGAAGGAAGACUGUAACUGAAGGAAUAAUUAACCAUAUGAAUGUUUCUAAAUGUUAAUAAAGUGUAUCAUGAUGUUAGCUGCACAUUGUUGGACAAAGCCUUAUCUGAAUUAUUUGCUAUCUGAAUGACUUAAAACACAUUAUCAACAUUGUGGCAUUGUUCUGUCCGUAAAAUGAAUAUAAAUUGUUAUGUUUAAUGCCAUAAGUUAACCAGAACUAUGGGAGUCUGGAUGCUUGGCCAAAAGGAACAAAAGGAUGGAGGUCCUACAGUUGGUGUCACAGAUGUGUUUCACUGUUUAACCAUCAGUCCAAAUGCACUUUUCAGACAUUGCGGAGGAAGUCAGAUAAAUGCUAGAUGGAUAAGGAUUGUAAAAAUAAAUACUUUUUUUCUUUUGACUCCCACCACCUUUCUACUGAACUGCAAACCAUAAAGCCCCCUCUACAAGAUUCCCUGUGCGAGUGGGCACUUCACUUUCUUAAUCAGUGGUUUUUCUUGCUGUUUUAUUAAAACUAUCAAUAACACAAGCCAAAGGUGAAGAAGACACGCACUCCUGUGAAUGUCAGUGAUGCAGCACCAGCCAUCUCAGACUCGGUCAGACAAUCCGUGUGGACUGAUGUAUUGAGAGUGCGGAGUGGGUAGGCUGGCCUAGUUUAGAGGAGAAAAACCACGUUCAUUCAUUGGGUCGUAUUGUUGAGCAGAGCUGCAAUGUCUUUUUGCCCUGGGCUUCUCUUGGGCUCUCAAAUGGGAGAAAGUGUCAUUCCUUCACUCUGCGUUUUUACAUUAAGGAGAGAGUUGGUUGUAUGAUACAAUGUAGACAUUAUAAAUGACCAUUGUUCUUAUGAGCACUAGCAUUGAUUGUGCCAUUUUAAAAAAUUGUUCAAACGGAACAUACAGUAUAUCAUCAUCCCAGCUGUUGUGGUACUGGUGUGAACAUGCUGAAGCCAGUACCAAACGUUCCCUCUCUAACCCAUGUGUACAUUUGACAAACUGUACUGUUUGUAGUUUCUGCUAGCUGUGCUUAGUGAAUGUGUUCACCGUUAAGAAACUAAGAAACUUGGAAUAAAUUGUCAAAUCUGUAAAAGUAAAAUAAAAGAAUUCAGCACUGUU